CACAAGUCACGUGAGACUAACGUCACGAGAAUCCUGUGAUACACUGAAGUGAAAAUAUGAAGGAGAUGUAGUGAUCAGAAGAGCCUGUUUAGUGGUAAUAAAACAAAAACCUUUACUUUAACCGUUGACAAAACUGAACCAAUUUAAGAGCCACUGGAGCCACCAUUUAACGAAGCAACAUGACGGCAGCGGUGUUUUUCGGCUGCACAUUCAUCGCCUUCGGCCCAGCCAUCUCCCUGUUCCUGUUUACCAUCGCCCGGGAGCCGCUGAGGGUCAUUUUCCUCAUAGCAGGAGCCUUUUUUUGGCUGGUGUCGCUGCUGCUGGCCUCGCUGGUGUGGUUCAUCUCGGUUCAGAUCAGUAAUAAAGAGAGCGCUUCGCAGCAGAAGGGCCUGCUCAUCUUUGGCGUGGUGCUGUCGGUCCUGCUGCAGGAAACAUUCCGCUUCGCCUACUACAAACUCCUCAAGAAAGCAAAUGAAGGCCUCCUUGCUCUGAGUCAAGAGGAAACUAUGCCAAUCUCCAUACGACAGCUUGCUUAUGUGUCGGGCCUUGGCUUUGGCUUUAUGAGCGGAGCGUUCUCUGUGGUCAACAUACUCGCUGAUUCUGUGGGACCGGGGACUGUGGGUAUCCAUGGUGACUCUCAACACUACUUCCUCUCCUCAGCCUUCAUGACGAUGGCCAUCAUCUUGCUUCACAUGUUCUGGGGUGUCGUCUUCUUCGAUGGAUGUGAGAAGCAGCGCUGGUUGGUUGUUGCUGCUGUGGUCGUCAGUCAUCUUGUCGUUUCCUGCUUGACUUUCCAGAACCCACAGUACGUUUCCAGCCUGGUUCCCACCUACAUCAUAAUGUUUCUGAUGGGUGUUUGGGCGUUUUACACAGCUGGCGGCUCCCUCAGGAACCUCAAACUGUGCCUCACCUGCAAAGACAAAGACCUCCUGCUAGCCAACCACAGGGCUAGAUAACGCUGCGAGCGGAGGAGUUUUCAGGACUCAAUCCAAAGAUCUCAACAUUAACAAACACACGCUGAACCUACUUUUCACACGAGAGCUUAUUUAUCUUGUGUUGUCUUUUGAAAUGUGUUUUUAUUUAUUUAAGAAACACAGGUUUCACUUAGUCGUGUCAGGUCAGUGUUUACUUUUUGCUGACUUUUCCUGCUGACACUAGAAAAAACUCUGACAUCACAUAGAUUCUGCUGGAAGGAGUAACUCUCACAAACUGAUCUGACAGAUGUCUGAAAACCAUCUAAAAUUUUAGGGCUGCCCCUUGUGGAAAAUCUGUAUAUAAGGCUACAUUUCUAAAAAAAACAUCAUACUGUUUGGAAGCCUUUGAGCUUGAAUGAUCACAUUGUGUUUUGACUUGAUCAUAUCGGUUAUACUAAUCAAAUUUUACUAUCUUGAGAUUGCUAAUCUUCAUCCUGCUCUCUUAGCUUACAGUUUAAAUGGGAGAGAUUUCGGUGCUGAAAUGGUGUCAUUUCAGAAUAGCUGGGGGCUUAUGAGCUAUUUUUAUCCUUAUAUUAACUUGUGUAUCAAAGUGUUUCCUUGUUGAUCUCUAAAAGUUCACAUUCAUCUGCUCUUUUUUGGUUAAUUCUUUGAGUCUUUGUUAAAUUCCUCACACUGAAUGUUUUUUUCAUUGCACCUGUUUUUAUGUUGAUUAUCUUUGUGUACAGUUUGUAAAAAAACAAACAAAACAAAAUGCUUAGCUGGACUGCAAAUUGGAUAGAAGUUGGGUAAACAUGCAAGCUUUGCAUGCUUAGUUGGUUUAAGUCCAUGAAAUAAUGAAACUUGCACAGAUGGAAAAUCUGGUUGAUACAGACCUGCAAUAAUAAAUCGGUUUAUGUUAAAUCUU